ACGAUCAAACGUUGGACAUAAAAACUAUAACUAUACUUAAAAUGAGACAGAAAUAGUAUUUGAAAAACGUGCUAACAGAAAAUCGUAAACUCAAUUAGCCCUUAUAGGGCUCUACUCACAGUAUAUUCAUUUCAUCUCAAACCCAUGGUCUGCACUGCUAGAAAAUAAAAAUAAAAAAUAAAAAACGAUGAGUAAAAUUUGGAAAUGGAGAGAGCAAAGCAACCAACUCGCUGGCUCGCUGUGGGCCCGGCCUAUCGACUUCUCCACCUGCUCCGUCUGCUGCGAGUCAAACAUGUUCUCGUCCUCUUCGUCUAUGACCAGUUGACCACCACUCCACUGACCACUGAUCAGUCUCUGCUGCUGCUGCGUGGAACUCUUCCAGCUCGCCGCCGAGCUUCCCCAGGAUCACGGCGGAUCUUUCUUUGCGUACGGUCGAGGAGCAUAUGGAGGGGUUUCUGGUGACCGCGGCCACCGGGGCACUCAAGUCCGUCCUGGUGAAGCUCGCCGCCAUGGCCGGCGAAUUCGAAGGGGUGCGCGGCCAGAUCAGUUUCCUCGCCGACGAGUUCGCCGCCAUGCACGCGUUCCUCCUCAGGAUGUCGGAUUCGGAGGAGGGGAACGCUGACCCUCAGGACAAGGCCUGGACGAGGGAGGUGCGGGAGCUCUCCUACGACAUCGAGGACAGCCUCGACGAGUUCAUGCUCCAUGUCGUCGACGGAUCCGCUAAUCCGGAUGGGUUCAUCGUCAAAUGCAGGAAUUUGCUGACCAAGACCAUGGCCCGGCGUCGGAUUGCCAAGAUGAUUGCUGAGUUCAAGGCACAAAUCAAAGAAGUGGGGGAGAGGAAUGCGCGAUAUAUGAAUGGUGGGAUCAGUUUGAUGAGGACAGCUAAUGCGACCGUAGACCAAAGAGCUCUUACCAUCUUUCAGGAUGUGUCAUCUCUAGUUGGGGUUGAUCAGCCGAAGAAGGAGCUCAUCGAUCUGUUGAUGAAAGAUGAUGGGCAUGUGGCAUCCGAGCAUCUAAGGACCAUCUCCAUUGUUGGAAUUGGGGGAUUAGGGAAGACAACGAUCGCAAACCUCAUCUUUGAGGAGCUGAGGGAGCAAUUCGAUUGUUCUGCUUUUGUGUCUGUGUCAAGAAACCCUGUGUGGAUAUUAUGGGUACCCCAUACCCAUACGGCAUGGUUAUCCGACUAGUCAUAGGGGAUAACUUAUAUCUAUGGGAUAUGUAAUAGAUCAUGACUCGGGUAUUACGUUUCCUUAUAUAUUACG